AGGCAGUAGAUUAUUUGCUGAUCUUCCCUAUAGACUGAAACCACCGGAAGACGACGGUACCAACCGUUAAUUAACAGCCGUCAAAAGACGUGACGAAACAUUCCUCAGCGUUUCCUUUCAGUUUCCUUUAAGCUCUCGAUUGUGUUUGUUUAGGCAACGAGAAAAAAGCGAGAGAAAGAUAAAGGUUUUCACUUUUUUCUUCAUCUGUCUGUAUUUUCAUUUUCUGGGUUUUAAGGGUUUCGCUUGCAAAGUCGAGAGCUUUUUCUUUUUGGGUGGGUUACAAUGGCGGGUGAUUGUGCAAUUGACACCGAGAAAUACUCUCUGUUGGAGGAUUUUAAUGUCGAUGUUGAAGUCGAAAACAAAGCUUUUGAGACUUUCUCACUUUGUUUUUGGGUUUAUCUCUUAGAUUCCACCACAUACCCUUCUACAAUUAUCAGACAGGUUCACUCUGACAUGAGCGUUAGUGCACCUUUCCUUGUUCUAGAUGAAAACAAGAAGAUGAUGCUUUUGCCAUUGACUCUCCUUCACAAUGAAGCUCCUGAUCCUGUUAACAUUUCUUCUUGGACUGAAGUUCCUAAUGUUUCUACAACUGCUGAGUUUCCUCUUCAAAAAUGGGUUCAUGUGGGUUGCGAGGUUUCUAGAAACUACAUGCGCCUUUAUAUUUGUGGAGAGAUUGUAGGAGAGCAAGUCUUAACUUCCUUGAUGACCAAUAGUACAAAUUCAGAUUGCGCACGAAAGAUAUCGUUAUUCAGUGUUGGUGGAGAUGGUUAUAGUGUUCAGGGUUUCAUCCACUGUGCUGAAGUUUUGCCUUCUAAUGUCCCGGCAAAUUAUCACUACACAAAGGACCCACCUUUAUGGUUAUCUGUUGAUAAGCCAUCUACAUCUGGAAUUGGAUUAGAUAAAGAUGGUGUUUGGAUUAUCGUUAGCGGAACAUUUUGUUCCUUGGAUGUUGUUUUAACCAAUGCUAUUGGACAGCCUGUGCACAAGGAUGUGAAGGUUGUGGCUUCUCUACUGUAUGCUGAUAGUGGGAUGCCAGUUGAGAAGAUGAGUGACUCGGAGGCUCCCCUUUUGGUAAGCUAUGAAGGAGUUGAAUUCUCUGCUGAAGAUAAGCCAUGCAACUUAUUGAACGGAUGUGCUUCUUUCAAGCUCAAAUUAUCUCAGCUUUCUUCCAAGAGUGAUAAGAGAUUGUUCUGUGUCAAAUUCGAAAUACCAGAAGUGAAGGCCUAUUAUCCUUUCCUUGAAACUGUUACCAACCAAAUCCGUUGCAUUUCGAGGAACCAUGAUUCUCUUACCCCUAAAAGGUCGAAUCGCAUAGAUUAUCCAUUAGAUGGAGGAGAACCAGAACUUGCUUCAAGAAGUAAUGGAACAUCCGACAUUCUACAUAGCUCUUCCUCUAUGAAACGGAUCAGAUUAGGGGAAGAAAAGGUUUCUGAGAGUGAGACUGAGAAUGGAAAUGGUACGAGUAUGGAAUGGAGACCUCAGAACCAUGAAGAAGAAGACGAAGAAGAUAACUCUUCAACUGAUUCCGAAAACACUGAAAUUAGAGACUCGACUGCUUUCAGGAGAUAUACAAUCUCAGACUCGAUUAUUUUCAAAUACUGCCUUGGAAACUUAACAGAGAGAGCUCUUCUUCUGAAGGAAAUCACAAAUAAUUCAUCAGAUGAAGAAGUCUCGGAAUUUGUAGAUCAAGUUUCUCUCUAUUCCGGAUGCUUCCACCACAGCUAUCAAAUCAAAAUGGCAAGACAAUUGAUAGCAGAAGGAACAAAUGCGUGGAAUCUGAUAUCUCGGAACUAUCAACAUGUUCAUUGGGACAAUGUGGUAAUUGAGAUUGAAGAACAUUUCAUGAGAAUAGCUAAAUGCAGCAGUAGAUCUCUCACUCACCAGGAUUUUGACCUUCUAAGAAGAAUAUGUGGAUGCUAUGAAUACAUAACUCAAGAGAAUUUUGAGAAAAUGUGGUGUUGGUUGUUCCCUGUUGCUUCGGCUAUAUCCAGGGGAUUGAUUAACGGAAUGUGGCGCUCAGCUUCGCCUAAAUGGAUAGAAGGGUUUGUGACUAAAGAAGAGGCAGAACGUUCGCUUCAGAAUCAAGUAGCGGGAACUUUCAUUCUCAGGUUCCCUACUUCAAGAAGCUGGCCACAUCCUGAUGCUGGUUCCUUGGUUGUGACUUAUGUCGGUCAUGAUUUAGUUAUUCAUCAUAGAUUACUCACAAUCGAUCACAUCUGCGAUUCUAGUGAAAGGUAUACAGAUGCAAAACCGUUGCAAGAUAUGCUUUUGGCGGAACCUGAGCUAUCCCGGCUUGGAAGGAUCAUAAGAGGCAUUUGAAUAUCAAGACACUCAACAAGAUAGACAAGCAUCGACUAUUAUUGAGGUUUAUUAUACUUUGGCUAGUAUAUAUGUACACAUAUAGAUUUGCUAAGUCUCUCUAUUUACUGAUGAUACUAACUUGUGUAAAGGAAGCUCAGUGAUUUAAAUUAGGUGGAAAGGGUUUUUAUUUUAAAAGCUGUACUUAUUUGUUUAAUCUAAAAUCAAUUAAAUUCAGUUACCGACAGAAAAGAAAGAAAGGAGUUACGAUUUUUGCUUCUU